AUGAGGCCGCGGAGGCACUCGUACGGCAGGGGCGGCAGGAGCGCGGCGGCGGCGGUGCUGCUGGUGCUGUGCCUCUGCGUCACCGGCGUCUUCCUCCUCCUGCUGCACGGCUCCUCCCCGGCCCUGGAGGCGGAGGAAGGGGACAGGGAGGCGGCCGCUAGUGAGCGAAGGCGGGAAGAGGCGCUGGUGGUUCAGGCGGAGGUGGAGGAGGCGCCGCUGCCGCCGGGGAACGCGAGGGUCGCCUUCCUCUUCAUCGCCCGCAACCGCCUCCCGCUCGACCUCGUCUGGGACGCUUUCUUCCGGGGUGACAUUGACGGGAGGUUCUCCAUCUUCGUGCACUCGCGGCCGGGCUUCGUGCUCACGCGCGCCACCACCCGCUCCCGCUUCUUCUACAAUCGGCAGGUCAACAACAGCGUCCAGGUGGAUUGGGGGGAGGCCAGCAUGAUCGAGGCCGAGCGCAUCCUUCUCAGCCACGCCCUCAAGGACCCCUUCAAUGAGCGCUUCGUUUUUGUGUCCGACAGCUGUGUACCGCUGUAUAAUUUCAACUACACUUACGACUACAUAAUGUCUGCAUCAACCAGCUUUGUGGACAGUUUUGCCGAUAAUAAACAGGGCAGGUACAAUCCACGAAUGGACCCAAUUAUCCCAGUGGAGAACUGGAGAAAAGGCUCACAGUGGGCUGUGUUAAUUAAAAAGCAUGCUGAAGUUGUGGUUUAUGAUGAUGUGGUGUUGCCAGAAUUCAAGAAGCAUUGCAGGAGAAGGCCCUUACCAGAGUUCUGGCGGGACUGGGACAAACCUAUUCCUGCCGAGGCAUGGAAGGCACACAACUGCAUACCAGAUGAGCACUAUGUUCAAACAUUGCUUGCACAAAGUGGUCUUGAAGAAGAACUUACGCGGAGAUCGGUUACACAUAGCGCAUGGGAUCUAUCAUCUUCUAAAGACCGCGAAAGGCGUGGAUGGCAUCCUGUAACGUACAAAGUCUCUGAUGCUACUCCUGCACUUGUAAAAUCCAUUAAGGAUAUUGAUAAUAUAUAUUAUGAGACUGAAUACAGAAGGGAGUGGUGCACAAGUAAUGAAAAACCAGCACCUUGCUUCCUUUUUGCAAGGAAGUUUACACGUGGAGCUGGUCUGAAGCUUCUUAACUCGUCAUUUAUAGCAGUACGAUGAAUAUAGUCUGGGAGGCAUCUGCCAUAGUGCCAUGUACAGGUUUCUCCCUUGCAAGCAGAAUACUGUCAUUUUGAAUAUACCUAAAGGAAAAGGGUGGAGGGGACAGAAAAUAACAGCGAUUUUUUGAGUCUUAGAUAUAAUUUUUUGCACUCUGGAAAGUGCAAUAGUUGUUGUAAAGUGAUAAACUUUUGCUUCAUUUAGUGCCUAGGUUAGUACACAUGUUAGCUCACGGCUUAGCACUGUAACUGGAUCUGGAAGAACCACUUACGUUUUGAAGCUAUUGUAUCUUGUAUAUCCUGCAUCAUGUGCCAUUCAGCAUUA